CUGUAAGAGAAUUGAAAAACCAUGUACUCUAGGAUUAAGACAGAAUGCCAAAAGGUUUUGUAUUUUUGGAAAAGAAAUAUUUUGGUUCUUUCCUCGAAUAUGGGCUUUGGUAAAAAGAGGUGCAAAAAAUUGGUAUCCGUGGAUAAAAAUAAAAAUAAAACGGGGCUUUCCGUGGCCAUUAGCCCUGGCCCUGGCAUUCGACGGAUGGAAGUCUAACAAACUCCACAACGACAUCGCUGCUCUGUCAUUUCGCCAUUGCCGCCGUUACUUUCCCCACCGUAGCAGAGAAGUCCUCCUCGGGAUGAGAAAAAACUCCCGUUAGCAUUUCCGCCGAAUCCUUGAAGCACCUCUCUCAAUCGUCAGUCUUCUGAACCUCCUGCGUCGCCCUUGGUUGGUAAGUUGGUGCUGCUUCUGCUUCUUCUUCCUCUUCCAUUUCCGCUCUCUUCUUCUUCUUUCUUCUUCCUUUCAGCUCGAUGCUCGUAUGAGUUACGAGUACCUAUACGGCUCAGUUUUCCUGAAUACAGUCAACGGAGUUUUGAGUAAUGGCGACUGAGUCCUCGUCUCCUCCCAAUCCCCCCGCCGCCGGUGGGACUCCUCAGAAUUCAGCUACAGAAACUGUGCAACCAGCAAAUGAAGUUAAGCAAGAUGCUGCUCCACAAAAUCCCAAGUCUGUCUUUGUGAAUUCAGAACCAAUACGAGAAGACCAAGUACAAAAUGCUGUGAAAUUUCUUUCUCACCCAAAAGUUAGGGAUUCUCCAGUGUUCCACAGGAGAAAUUUUCUUGAGAAGAAGGGGCUAACUAAAGAAGAGAUAGAUGAAGCUUUUCGACGUGUGCCAGAUCCAUCUCCAAGUGCUCAGCCAACUGUUACCAACCAGGUGGGACAGGGAGUAACAACAUCAACCAUUCAGCCAACAUCUGUUUCCCAAACCCCGGUGCCAAUAAUAACUGUUCCUAGCAGUGCGAGUUCCUCUAUGUUCGCCUUGGCUCGGUCUCGAUUUCAAUGGUACCAUGCCGUUUUUGCUGUUAGUUUGCUGGCAGCCUCUGGUGCUGGAACGGCUAUUUGGGUUAAGAAGUCCAUGAUUCCCCGACUAAAAUCUUGGAUACGGUGGGUUGUUAUGGAAGAGAAAAAUGGUGAUGGAGGCAUAACAAAUAUAAAACCAACUUUGGCUGAAGAAGCUGCAGCAGCGGCAAAAGCGGCCGCAGCUGCUGCGUCUGAUGUGGCAAAAGCAAGCCAGGAAAUGAUGAUCUCAAGAUAUGAAGAGAAAGUAAACAUGGAGAAGUUCAUGGAUUUGAUGCAAAUGCAAGUGAAGGAAAUCAGGUCAAUGGGCAGUGCCAUAAAACACCUGGAAGGAAGAAGUGAUAAAAUUGAAAGAACUCAUCUGGUCGAGCAUGGAGGGCACAGUGGUUCAAUUACAAACCUUAAGCCAACAUAUCCAAAUGGACACAAACCAGAGAUUGAUUCGCACUCAGCAAGAUCCUCCUUACCACCAACUUCUGCAGAUAAAUCUGCCCCACCUCAUCCCAAUUCAUAUAUGGAUAUAAUGGCAAUGGUUCAAAGGGGAGAGAGACCGCCAAACAUCAGAGAUAUAAAUGAUCAACCUCCCAACCCUAACCAGCAAAUUUCAAAUCCUCGCUUGGCUCCCAGGUCUAAGCCUUGGGAGGGUGCUUAUCAAGCCAAAACCAGCUCAAGAGGAGGAUUUGGUUCUGCACUGAACGGGGAAGGGGGUUCAGAUUUCGGUGCGCAGAACAAUGAAGCGAGCAAUCAGGUGGAUGCGCAGAGCACCGUGCCUUGGUGGCAGAAGAAGAACUCAAGAAUCACUGAGACCGAAUACGUUGAAGCCAAGCCAGGGUCCACCACUGUUGUACAGACGAACGAGCAGCCACCAAUUCAGCGGACUUGGGUGCCUCCCCAGCCUCCACCAGUUGCAAUGCCUGAAGCAGCAGAAGCCAUUCGGCGGCCAAAAUCCAAGAAAGAGGCAGAGCCUGUUUCUCAAGAAACGAGCGGAGAAGGAUUUUCUGCUGCUGAGGUCACUGAUGAGCUGCAGCGGAUAACCAAGAUAUCUGAGUCCGGAGGGGAAGUAGAGGAGAUGCACAGUGGAGGACAGGAAACGAAUGGAGGAUUGUUAGGAGGAUUGAAGUUGAGUGAGAUUGAGGAAGAACCCGUACAGAGCUAUUAAAGAGGAAAUGAAUGAAGUGAUGUAGAGGAAGCUGUCUUCAAAUCUGUUUGUAUACCUUAAGCUGGAGUUGGUUGCAGAACAGUACGCGUCUUCUUGAAAUUUGCGGGAGCGAAUGAAAUAGGUUAUUAGGGAGCUUCUGACUGAGUAUGGAUUUAAAUACUUGGUGGGUGUCGUGGGAUGUGUCAUUCACUCAUUUGGCAUGAUGGUUGCUGUUUUUUUUUUUAAACGUGGGGCCGGUUAUAUUGCAUACUGUAAGGUUAAGGAGAAAAAUAUACAAAGACAUUCGAAAUAAAGCCAAGAAUUACAAUCCAGCCAUUAGCAAGA